AUGCCUCACAGACAAGAGCUUGAAUUUACUCCUAUCCCUGACGCUCCCCUUGGUGCCGUCGUUACUCUUCCCACUGGUAUCACCGAUCCCGCCGAUCUUAAUGACGAGGACUUCCAAAAGCUCAAGGAAGGUCUUUUGACCCACAGCGUCCUUGUCAUCCCCGGCCAAGAAAACCUUGCUCCGAGCUCUCAGUACCAGAUCACAAAGCGCAUGGACCCUUCCUGCGAAGGUGCUUACGGCCAUGCUAAGGAGUUCCGCCACGACCAGUCAGUUCUUCGUCGUGACGGUGUUUCCGUUCCCGACCAGCCUCAAGUCCAGGUUUUGGGCCAGGGCACUUUUAAAAACCACUGCGGCAUGGCAUCUAUUGACCUUCGUCAUCCUACUCACUUUGAUUUCCACCAAAAGCCUUUGAGUGAUGAAGAGGUUGCCAAUGGCUACACUCGCUUCUACAGAUGGCACAUUGACUCUGCUCUCUAUGGUCUUUCUCCCCCAGUUUGCACCACUCUUCUUGGUAUUCACGUUCCUGAGACCACAAAGACCAUGAAGAUCAAAUAUGAAGAUACCAACGAGGAAAUUGAAAUUGCUCAGGCUGGUACUGGUUUCUUUUCCGGUGCCAAUGCUUUUGAUGCUCUUUCUGACGAAGACAAGGAACUUGCCCUUGGUACCACUGUUGAGUACGCUCCUCACCCUUACAUUUUCAUUUCUCCUGCCCGUGCUACCAGUGAUGGUGUUACCAUGGUCUCGGAGGGCAAGGAAAUUCCUCUUGAUGAACUUCCCGAAUGGGAAGAGUCCAAGGUCAAGAAGCUUCCUAUGGUCUGGACUAACCCUGUCACUGGCAGACACCACCUUCAGAUCCAUGGCGCUUGCGUUUACAGAAUGCACCGCCCCGAUGGCACUGUUUUGGAGCUCGAAGAUGCUCGCAAGGAGGCUUACAGAUUGAUUCGCCCCGCUAUUUCCCCCAAGAACAUUUAUGUCCACCCUUGGAAGAAGGGUGAUCUUGCUCUCUUCCACAACCAGGGUGUUUUGCACAGUGUCACUGGUCAAUUCGCCGAAGGCGAGACCCGUCUCAUGCAUCAAUGCAACAUUGCAAGUGGCAUUGAUCCUGUUACCGUUAGAAACUAA